CAAUCUAGCAAAAAGCCUAGCUAAAAACCAAAAAUCAUGCAUAUAUGUACAUAUAUAGAAGUUGGCCCCCUUCUUCCUGAUUAAUUGUAAAGUAUAUGUCACAGAUCUUAAGCUUCCCCAUCCCAAUCCCAUUGUUCUCAUGGCUAAGCCUAGCUGCUGCUGCUGCUUCUUCUUCUUCUUCUUCUUCUUCUUCCUCCUCGUCGUCGCUGCAAACUCCAUGCAGUUUAUGGACCGGGACAAUUAUAAUACAGUAGUAAUGCCAUGGCUGGAAGAAGAUGAUGAAGUUAACAUGGUCCAAAGCCGUCGGCAUGGGUCGAUCAAUACCUGUGAUUUAUCUUCUGGGAAAUGGGUUUUGGACGAAUCGUACCCGCUCUAUGAUGUCAAUUGCCCCUAUCUUAGCACUGCAGUCACUUGCCAGAAGAAUGGGAGGCCAGAUUCUGAAUACGAGAAGUGGAAGUGGCAGCCUCACUCUUGUUCCAUUCCAAGGUUUGAUGCGUUGGAGUUUCUGGGGAAGAUGAGAAGAAAAAGAAUAAUGCUGGUUGGGGAUUCCAUAAUGAGGAAUCAAUGGGAGUCCCUGGUUUGCCUUGUCCAGUCAGUCGUUCCCACCGCCCGGAAGACGGUGACCUAUCACGGCCCUACCAUGGCCUUCCAUGCCUUGGAUUAUGAGACAACAAUUGAGUUUUGUUGGGCUCCAUUCCUGGUGGAGUUGAAGAAAGCUCCUGGAAACAGAAGAGUUCUACAUCUGGAUUCGAUUGAAGAGAAUGCCAAGUACUGGAAAGGAUCUGAUGUUCUUGUGUUCGACUCGGCUCAUUGGUGGACUCACUCUGACAAAUGGAGCUCGUGGGACUACCUUAUGGAGGGAAACAAGAUCUAUACAAAUAUGAACCCCAUGGUUGCCUAUGAAAAAGGACUCGUAACUUGGGCCAAAUGGGUGGAUUUGAAUGUAGACCCUCGAACAACUCGGGUCAUUUUCCGGAGUAUGUCACCUCAGCAUAACAGGGAAAAUGGGUGGAAAUGCUACAACCAGAGGGAACCAGUAGGGUUUGAGAAGCGUCCUCAUCAUGAGGUUCCUCCGCAAAUGCUAGUGUUGCAGGGGGUGUUGAGAAGGAUGAGAUUUCCAGUUUACUUGCAGGAUAUUACAUCAAUGUCUGCUCUUAGGAAAGAUGGCCAUCCUUCAGUGUAUAGUAAAGCCAUGGCCCAACAAGAGAAGCAACACCUCAGAAACUAUGCCACCUCUGACUGCAGCCACUGGUGCCUCCCUGGGGUGCCUGAUAUUUGGAAUGAAAUGCUCAGUGCUUGGCUCUGAUUAAUUAAUAUGCAUAAUAUUGUUUCUAACUAGUUCAUAUCAUCAAGGAAUUAUUGUACAUUCUAUGUGUAUUACGAACUGUGUUUUUUGCUUGCUUGCUUUGUUAUAUGCAUUUUAAGAGUUUUCAUCCUUUAGUUAUUAGGUUCUUUAAGUAUCAGACUGUGUGGUAUUGAGUUUAUCGUAUUUAUGGACUUAAUUCAUGCCUUGGAAAUGCUAUUAAUAUUGAAGUGUUUUAGAUGUAGUUAUGACAGAUGAUGGUAUGUAUUGAGAGGGUAUAUAUAUAUAUAUAUAUAUAUAUACUAGGUAGUUGUAUUAAUGGGGGGUAGGGAGUAAAGAGAAAAGCAAGCUCUAAAUGUUAAAAGAGUUCACUUCACUUCCAUUUCCAAUAUUAAUUUGUAAGCCAUUCAAGGGCAGCUUUUAAGGGGAUUCUAAUCUCUGUUUAUUUGCUCUGUUUAAUGAAUGUUACUUAAAAAGAGAAAAGAAAAGAAAAUGCAUUGAAUGCUUGAAGGAUCAAUCCAACAAAUGAUGCAUGGUGUGUGUUUGUGACAAAAUAUAUACUUUUCGAAUGAAAAUGUUUUGGAUGGAUUAUCCUUUUCGAAUUAAACCAAAAAAAAAAUGGAUUAGUUGAGGUGGUUGAAGUGUUUGGUUUUACUUUUCUCUUCUUUGUCUUCAACUUUUAGGUAGCUGUUGGUCAAUCCUUGAGCUGCUUCCAUUGGCAAUGGCUUUGAUUAAUUUCACAAAAGGCAAUCAAACUACAUCCUUCAAAGUUAAAAACUAGGUGUCUUAACUGAUUGAUGUAAAAGAGUUAAACCACCUACUCCUCCACUCUGAGUGUAGUAUUAGUACAGUAGUUCUUUUGUUUGGAUCUUGAAAACAAUCUACAAAAAUGAAAUGGAAUCAGCUGUAAAUCAAUAUUUCAAGAAUUAUUGUCAUUUUCGAAAGCUUGAUCUGACAUCUCUCUCUCUCUCUCUCUCUCAAGGUUAAGAUGGCUUGGUGGUAUGGUAAGGCACUACAGAGUCUAAAGUGGUCUCCACCUUUGUCAUUCAUCAAAGUUGAGACCCCUCAUCUUAGUACAUGCCCUAUAUAUGUAAUGAAUAUUCAUUCCUCUCCUCAGUCCACUCUCUCAUGAAGCCCCAGUGGAGGCAAUGAUCUUCCUCCUCAUAUUUCUGAUCUCCUUGGAACUCAAUCCAAAAGCCUUCUCCAAAAGCCCUUGUUCGAUCUCAUCCGCAGCUCCAAACACAGCGUUGGGGAUUUUAAGCAGACCUGGAUUUUGGCUGUUGAAGCUUCCCAGAAUAGUAGCAGGUUCAUCUCCAACAUUCAUCUGGAAAUGGACUAACCCUCUUGGGAACACCAUCACCUCACCUUCUUCAAUCACCUUGGCGAACACCCGGUUGCCGGAAUCCACAAAGCCCGAAUAAAUCUUGCCCCGCAACACGAACGCCACCUCGGUUGCUCUUGGAUGAAAAUGCGGCACAUUCACGGCUCCAACCCCGAAAUCAGCGCGCACGAAUGACAUGCCCAGCGUGUUCAGUCCUGGGAAAACAGUGGAGCUCACAGGGAUGGAUGCGAACUCAGAUUUCCCCACUUUUGGGCUCCUUUUGAUCCCCGAAAACACAAAAUCUUCUACUGUCGCAAGCGAUGAGUUCUUGCAAGGGUGGUGGAUGAUGGGGAACGAUGAUGAUGAUGAUAAGGCUGUUAUGUUGUUGGGGAUGCAGAAGUCUUGCACUGGAUCAGGAUCAGACCCAAACACCACAACUACGUGCUUGUGCAGGAGGAAGAUAACGAACAAAACUGUCAUUCUUCGGAUCAUGGUUUGAUGGAUGGAUGGAUGGAUCAAAUAGGGU